CCUUUCCAUCUUCACAUCUUCCCUUUGCUUUCAGAAUUAACGUUGAAGCUUCCUGCAAUAUCCCAGGAACCUUAGCAUGAACCCACCUCCAACUUGUAAUUCUGUUCCAGAUUUCUAUAAAACAAAGAAAUGCUGCAAUCUCUUCCUUACAGUCCUAACUUGUUCGAUAUGUCGUCCGAAAACCGUAAUAAUGCAAAUUUUCCACCUCAGGACUCGCCUGAGAGUGACUACACCGCGGAACCGACCAAUUUUGAGCUCUCCGACUACUUCACAUUUGAUCAGUGGCUAGAGGACGAUCAAGCGGCCACAAUUUUCGGGGCUGUUCAGAAUCCGGUUUAUCGAGCAAAUGAAGUAAUUGAAUCGGGAGGAAUUGGUGGCCAAACCGAAGGACCUAGUAACAAUGAAAGUGAAAGUGGUCGGGAGAGGAAGAGAGUUGCGUUCAAGACAAAAUCAGAGAUUGAGAUAUUGGACGAUGGAUACAGGUGGAGGAAGUAUGGGAAGAAGAUGGUGAAGAACAGCCCGAAUCCAAGGAACUACUAUAAAUGCUGGAUCGAAGGAUGCCCGGUAAAAAAAAGAGUUGAAAGAGUUAGAGAAGAUCCAAGUUAUGUAAUUACUACAUAUGAAGGUCUUCAUACUCAUCCAAGCACCACCUAGUUUUGCUUUUAUGAACCCACGCCUGUGAAAGGGAACCAUGCACAAUCAGUCUCAAAUACUUGUGACUAUUAAGCAGUAUGUUUCUGCAAUUUUGUAAGAUAAUUUUGCACCUACUCUUGUAGAAUUAGUAAGCUUUUUAAGAGGAGAUUGAUCUCUUUCAAUUAGAUAAUAUAAAGUCUUGUCAAUUUCAGUGCAUUAUUGCUGAGCUUUAUAUAUCACUUUUGCUUCUACUGAAAUUCUGUCAAUUAGAUUUUAUGUGUUUUUAAGUAUAUUCGUAUAAUAAAUUUCAUGGAAGCACCUUCCUUUUUA